AUGCAGAAAUAUCUGGAUGCUGGACUUGACCCUACGGGUGACUGGAAGGAAGGGUCGCCCCUAGAUGCAGCGGCCAGAUUUGGACGAGAAGACCUGAUACGUGUGGUUCUGGAAUACGGAUUCGACCCAAAUCACAGAGAUGCCUGCGGUCAUACACCGUUGCACCAUGCAGCGAUGUAUGGCUAUCUAGGUUCUGCUCGCAUUCUCAUUAAUGCCGGCGCAGAUGUCAACUGCAAGGAUAAAAGGAAUAUUACCCCUUUGUCGUGCGCGCUCUACCGUGGACAUACAAGUGUUCUUACUCUCUUACUCGAUAAUGGCGCUACGAUGGAUAACCAGCUGGAACACGGAGGAGUGAAUCACCUCGCUUCGGCAGCUGCAAAUGGAGACCAAGAACUUGUGAAGAUUCUUCUAGAGAAGAGCAAUAUACUCGAUGACACGGGAAGUCAGAUACUGAAUACCGCAUUAGCGCGUGCCGCACGUUCGAGCAAUGUUGAAAUAACUAAACAACUUCUGGCGGUCGGUGCUAAUGUCGACGCGAUAACCGUUGAAGGCAAGAAUGCUCUUCACUGGGCCGCACUUGCUCGGAGUGAGAGUGUUGUUACGUUUCUACUGCAAGAAGGGGCUAUUCCUGACAUCCCGGACCUCAGUGGAUGCACAGCGUUAUUCUGGGCAUCCUCCGUACAGCCUUCAAAUGAAAAGGUGGUAGAGCUACUUUUGCAAAGAGGGGUUCAAACUGAGGUCAAAAAUGAGGAUGGGCGAACACCGUUAUCGAUUGCGGCAAUGCUCGGAUUCUCGAAUAUAACUAAACCUUUGCUGGCCAAUGGAGCGGACCCGACUACAACUGAUAACGAUGGCUAUACACCUCUCGCUCUAGCCACUCGACAUGGCCACAUUCACACCGUUCUAUCUAUGCUAAGUAAAGGUUCCUCCUCGUGUACAUCAGGUUUAUACGAGGAGACGCCUUCCAACAAGAUAAAAGUGGAUUAUAAGGCCUAUAUCGAUACACCUGAUCGACUCGGCCGCACACCUCUUUUCUUUGCCACCCUUUACGGAUACAAAGAUAUUGUGCAAAAUCUUGUUCGUCUUGGGACAUCAGCAGCAGACUUCGCAUCGAGCUGUGGUAGGACACCCUUGCGUAUUGCUCGUGACUUGAGCCAAAGAACAACUUGGCCAGGUCAUAAAACUAUGGAGUUUAUCUUGGAGAGUCUUCUCAGCCUUUCAAAUGUCACUGUAGAUGUGGCGAAAGUUCAAGCGCUCCCCAGAAUUGACAUACAUGGAAAUAAAUAUUGGUUAAGUGAUCGAUGUAAUGUUUUUAUUCCUCACUACGACUCAUAUUAUUAA